AUGCUGGGUCUCGCAGGUGCGCGUCGCCUCGGCCGUCGUUCACCUCGAAGAAGCUGGGAGGAGCAGGAGGCUGGGAGGAGGAGGUGCGCGUCGCCUCGGCCGUCGUUCACCUCGAAGAAGCUGGGAGGAGCAGGAGGCUGGGAGGAGGAGGAGGAGCCGGCGGAGAGAAGCUCGGCGAGAGGAGAAAGAUGGCCUCCUCGACAAAUCCCGGCCGCCUCGACAAGUCCAGGGCGAGAGGAGAAAGAUAGAUGCUGGCUGUGGCGACUUAGAGAUGGUGUAGGGUUUUGUUAUGUCAAUUGA